AUGGAAACCACAUUAAAUGGGUCAAUGUCACUAAUGAUCCAGGAAGGAAAGAUCCCUGGCUUUGAGCAGUUCUUCUAUACAUUUUCUCCCAACAACUACCCCAACGAUGCACUGAUUCUGAACCAGUUUGUAUGCAAUGUGACCUUUACUACUUUUCCCAAUGACACCCACUCCUUCAACAAAUAUGGGGACCCCCCGGCACGCUUUGACAUUAUAAAGUGGCUUUUCUCUCCGCGGCAUCACAUUGUUACAAGAAAAGUUGGAAGUUUUAAUGUAUCAGACCACGAGGCACAAUUUUAUAUAAAUCACAGUGCUGACUUGUGGGGCCCACUCUUCAACAUGAUCCCUCAGUCUCUCUGCAAUGAACCUUGUGCCCCGGGAUACAGAAAGUCUAAAAGAGAAGGGGCGCCAUCUUGUUGUUAUGACUGUGUCCCGUGUGUAGAUGGGGAAAUGUCCAACACAUCAGAUUCUCCAAAGUGCUUCAAAUGUCCUGAGUAUCAAAUGUCUAAUAAAGAGAGAACUGCUUGUGUUUCUAAAUUUAUAAACUACCUUUCCUAUGAAGACACUCUGGGGGCCAGUUUAGCUUCUGUUGCAUUGAUGCUCUUCCUCACAACUUCUACAGUACAGGGAAUUUUUGUGAAAUAUUGGGAGACUCCUAUAGUGAGAGCCAAUAACCAAAAUCUCAGCUGUCUCCUCCUCAUCUCUCUCAUGUUGUGUUUCCUCUGCACUUUAUUAUUCAUUGGGCGCCCAACUCAGAUAUGUUGUCUCCUCCGACAAGUCACAUUUGGGAUUGUAUUUACUAUUUCUGUUUCUUCUGUGUUGGCUAAAACUCUCACAGUUAUUAUUGCCUUCAAUGCCACAAAGCCUGGGAGCAAGCUGAAGAAGUAUGUAGGAACCCAACUGGCCAUUGUAUUAGUUAUAAUAUGCUCUUUGGGUAAAAUUGGAAUUUCUACUAUGUGGAUGGCCUCUUGUCCACCAUUCCUGGAAGCUGAUAUGUUUUCUGAAAUGGACACAAUUAUUUUAAAGUGCAAUGAAGGAUCAGUCACUUUCUUCUUCUGUAUAAUUGGAUAUAUAGGAACGUUGGCCCUACUAAGUUUCAUUGCUGCAUUUCUAGCCAAGGAUUUCCCUGACCGAUUUAAUGAGGCUAAAAACAUCACUUUCAGUAUGUUGGGGUUCUGUAGCGUGUGGGGGGCAUUUGUCCCUGCAUACCUGAGCAGUAAGGGCAGUAGAAUGGUGGCAGUUGAGAUAUUUGCCAUCUUAUCCUCCAGUGCUGGGUUAUUGGGCUGUAUAUUUGCCCCUAAGUGUUACAUUAUAUUUAUCAGACCGGAGCUGAACACAAGAGUUGUUGUUGUUGCCCGAAAUCAAUAA